ACUCGCACAGUACCGCGAAAUUUCGAAGCUGUUGUGUAAGUAACUUCAUGAAAUGGCUGAAAAUAAUUCAAAGUCUAAACUUAAACGAAAGAAAUCCUCUGUCGAAGAUUUCCAGCCGGAACUAUAUUCCAGGGGAGCCCUAAAGAAGAGGCAUACGACGUUGUUUUCCAGUCGCAUUGACGUUACAGCAGAGUCUGGGAGGUCAGCGUCUCCUGCAGCAGCGUGGUGGAACAGAGAGCAGCUGCCUGCUGUGGAGGGUCUGUGGGCGUUGUCACUGAAGUCUGCUCUGCCGUACCUGGAGAACCAGCACUGGGACCUAGUUCCUGAUCUUCCCCAUCCACGUGAAGCGAGACCUGCAGCACUAACGCUUGAUGUACAGUGGUGGUGUGACUUCAGUGAAGAGGUUACUGCCUUCCCUGAACCCUUUCCACCUUCUCCGAGGACUUCAUCGAGUCCAGAUCCUUUCAGGCUCAGCUACUCCCAGCAGGACCUCUCAACACAGACCAGACCUGAACCACAGACGGCUGACAGACAGCUGUCCUCUCACAGCAGGCAGAGUCACGAUGGCAAGACGGCAUCCCUUCAAGCCCUCACUAAAAGACCACGACCGUCCCUCCACAGCCGAGAGGAGGCUGCUCCAUCAGCAGGAGCCUCGAGUGGUGGGGGAGAAGAGGGGAGGAAAGGAGGAGAGGCUGGUCCAGUCAACAGAGAGCUCCUCACAGACCAGGUGAGGGUGUAUGACAGCCGGGUUUCUCAGCUGGAGGAGGCUGAAAAUAAAGAGGAGGUGCAGAAUAGUGUCAGAGCAGGAGGAGGAGAAGGAGGAGGGCAGCGGCUGCAGAGCUGUCCCAUGUGCCUGCUGGAGUUCCCUGUCGGGUUCACCCAGAUGGACUGUGACGGCCACCUGGCCCAGUGUCUGUCGGAGGUGAAUGUGGACGUGACCUGGUGAGCCGACAGGACGCUGGCUGCUCUCCAGGAUCUAUGGGCAGCCCAGAUGCCCCACACACUCCAGUAUCCUAUCGCAUGGAGAAGGACGCACCCAGAGAGCAGCUCGUAUGGAGAACACUCACAGGAUGUAUGCUGAGAAAGGGACUCCUGGACACUGCGUUAUACGUCAAGGUGAGAAAGCAGGGUGUUCACCUCUUUUGGAGAAGAAGCAUGCACAUUGGAAAGAUCAUUCCUGCCAUGGAAGAGGGUUAGUUUUGAGAUUUUACACCAGGGGGAUUUUGAAAGCUCUGGUUGCAAUAACUCAAAGACUCCCCUCAGAGGUGCCUGAUCCUGAAUUUGGGUCUCUGCGAGCCUGUCCUCUUGGCCUCCGAUGCCUUUGAUUCCAGCUAGUCAAGAAGAUCUCCAAACUAAACUGGCAAUCCGACCUGCCUCCGAGAGACCAAAGUGGAGCCGAGCCACCUCCUCCUCACAAAGCCGACCUGUCGAUGGAGAGGUUUUCUCUUAGACUGGUCGGAUGUGAAUUGCCCGGCAGUCAUGAUAACGUGAUCACAUUGUUUUAUUAAAUUCUCUUGUUGGAAUGAAUGAGUUCAAGCUAAAAUGAAUGUUUUGAAUGUACUAAGGCUGUAAGUUAAGGAAGGAAAUGGGCUCCCCUAGAGGGGCUGAAAUGUUGUCUUGAAUAAGUCAAGCGGAUGAAAAGCUAUUUAUCCAACACCACACAGCCUGUGUUUUUAAUGGUGCUUUCUUCUCCCCUAAAUGCUUACAGUGCGGCGAGCCCCAUGGGAGCUGCUUAUCAGUAUUUACCAAUGACAUGAGUUAUGUGUUGGAUAAGUGCAGUGUUGCUCUAUUUGCAGAUGACAUGCCACUAAUAAAGUCAAUCAGCUGCAUCACUCAAAGGCUCAGAUAUUAAACGGGUUCGAGAGGCCAAAUAUUUUGAAAAUAUUGUUAAGAAAAUGUAUGGAGAAAGAUUGGCACUAUUGAUGACGGCUCAGCUGUCUGGUUGGUGCAGAGAUCUGUCUAAGCUCAGAACAAAGCUGCAAGGCUCGGCUGCCCUGCCCGCUGGGUACAGAGGGAGUGCACGUCUCCAGUGGCUCGUGGUUAACACACAAUCUAUUGAGUUUAUUUAGACAUAACAACCAAAUUGCCUGUAUUCACAAAUGAAUUACCUGCCCCCAGUACUGUGACCUAUAUAGUAACGCUUCUGGGGGUUAUCUAGUUAAAGAAAACCCCAGAACAUGUGCAGAUCUGUAACGUGUAGAGCCGUCAGUGUGGAACGAGCACCCAGUAAGUCACAUUUUAAAAGACGUUAACAAUAAACGACCUGAAACACUAAUAUGGAAUUAAACAUGUUCUUAAUUCUUAUCUUA